UUGUAAAUGGACCAUCAACCACCACCGUGCCCCGAAGAUGACGUAACCAUCACCGCCACAACUACCACCAAGAAAACCGACAGCCAGCAAGGCGGCACACGCCACCCAGUGUACCGUGGCGUCAGGAAGCGGCGGUGGGGCAAAUGGGUAUCCGAAAUUCGGGAGCCACGCAAGAAAUCGCGCAUAUGGUUGGGGUCGUUCCCGGUGCCGGAGAUGGCAGCGAAAGCAUACGACGUCGCAGCGUACUGCCUGAAAGGCCGAAAAGCCCAGCUCAAUUUUCCCGACGAGGUGGAGCACCUGCCUCUUCCGUCCACAUGCACCGCCAGAGACAUUCAGGCGGCGGCGGCCAAGGCGGCGCAUAUGAUUAAAACUUUGCCUGAUGAGAAAAGUAGCAUUGUAUCCGACGGGGAUAGCGGCGGCGAUGAUUUUUGGGGUGAGAUUGAGUUGCCGGAGCUGAUGGACAGCGAGUACUGUUGUUGGAGUUCUCCAAGCGGGUCCUCGUGGACUUCCUCCGGCGACCUCACGGCGUGGCCGGAGGUUCAGCUUUGACCGCAGCAACCGUUCAUGGCGUGUCUAUAAUGUGUAUUAAUGGUGCCCGGUGGUUGGUAUGUUUCUUAUAUAAGAAUAUGUUAUUAUUAUUAUUAUGCGCCAACUGUUUGUGUUGUCAUUAAUAAUAA